AUGAACGCAAUUUCGCCAUGUGAGGUGAACACAUACUUUUCGCAUCCGGAGCGUAUGUUCCCGGAGAUCGAGAAUGACAAGGUGCCAACCGAGCAGUUUCUCAGAGCAUGCCAGGGCAUCGCCGAUUUCGUUGGUUCGUGCUCCGCUUCACAUCAAACUCAGCAAUUACUAAGAGAAAUGUGUAACAUUUUUUACCGUAGCAACGAUCCGAAUUUGUCCAAAACGAACAAAUUAGGAUCGUUACUACAUGUUACUACAGUAAAUAAAUAG